GCAACAAACACACUUAUCCAUAGUUUUUGAUACCUUUUUUUUUCGUGCUACUGAUUUAUAUCGAAAACUCUUAUCAUGUCAAAAAACCCCGAGGAUAAUUGGGAAGAUGUUGAAGAGCAAGAAGAGGACACCUCUAUAAACAACUCUGAUGUAGUAGUACGCUACAAAAAGGCGGCGGCGUGGUGCAAUGAAACCCUUCAAAUUCUUAUAGAUGCGACCAAACCUGGUGUGAAGGUUUUUGAGCUUUGCAAGCUUGGUGACGAGACAAUCGCCAUGAAAGUUAAAACCAUGUUUAAAGGUACGGAAAAGGGUGUUGCCUUUCCUACCUGUAUUUCUGUAAACAACUGCGUGUGCCACAACAGCCCUGGGGCCUCAGAUGAGGAAAACCCACAAGAAAUUAAGCUUAACAACAUCGUUCACUAUGACUUAGGCAUACAUGUAGAUGGUUACACUGCACAAGUUGCCCAUACCAUUCAGGUCACGGAAAACGGCGAGUUGGGCACUGACGAGAAGGCCACCAGGGUAAUUACUUCCGCUUACAAUAUUUUAAACACGGCUCUUCGAAAGAUGCGCCCCGGUGCGACUGUUUAUGAAGUUACUCAAAUUAUUGAAAAGGCUGCCGAACAUUAUGGUGUGACUCCUGUGGAUGGUGUGUUCUCGCAUAUGAUAAAGAGGUACAUUAUUGAUUCAUAUCGUUGCAUUCCACAGAGGAAGGUUGCUGAGCACAUGGUUCACGAUUACGAAUUUGAGAAUGCACAGGUGUGGACACUAGAUAUUGUUAUGUCCUCAGGUAAAGGCAAGCUUCGUGAACUCAACGCUAGGCCUUACAUAUACAAAACAGCUCUGGAGUCAAAUUACACACUGAAGAUGGAGAGUGCACGGGAGUUGGAGAAAGAGAUUGAAAGCAAAUUUAUGACUUUUCCAUUCGCCAUUCGCAACUUAGAAUCGAAGAAAACUCGACUAGGAUUGAAUGAAAUGCUAAAACACAACGCUGUAGUACCGUAUCCGGUGUUAUAUGAGCGCGAGGGUACAGUUGUUGGACACUUUAAGAUUACAUUAAUGAUAACCAACAAACGAAUCGAGCCCAUUACAGGCCUCAAGAUGCAGAAGGGACCCGCUCUCGAGCCCUAUGCUGACGAGCUGCUCCUAGCCACUAAUAAGUUUCCUCUUUUGUUCAAAAAGAAAAAAUCCACAGAAUAAAAUUUAUUUAAAUAAAAUUAGCCAACUUAUUUAUUGUUUUGGUGUCCUCCCUUCAUUUUUCGUGAUUAUGCUAUAUUACUUUGAACAAAAAAUAAGUGUGUCUGUAAGGUGGUGAUUAGACCAUGGUGAGAGGGCUAGGCGUAAAGCUGCUCAUUAAAUCGCUUCACUUGGAGAUUAGAGUCCCUUUUUCUCAAAUAGAGGCUAUUUGUUAUUUUACAUUUCAGAGUUGUGAUAUAUUAAUUUAAGAAAAAUAUAUAUAAAUUGCAUAAUCUAACUUAUAAAUCUAAGAUGAAAUAAAAAAUGAAGAGUAU